AAAGUUGUAUACAACAUUACUUGAUACAUUUCAACCGAUUUCAACAGCUCCCCCUUUCAACGAGGGGCGUGGCUUAUAUCCAGCGGUCUCCACUAGUAACUACAGUCACCAACCAGGAAACAAACCAUGGGAGAGAAAAAUAAACAGUGGGACUAGUGUAGGCUGGAAACAUUCGUUCCUGUCACCUCCAUUAUCUACCAGUGGAUUAAUACAUAUCCUCAUAGCGAUGUCUCGGAAGAAACCGAAGGAAGAAUAUUAUCGUUUUUUCUCUGUGACAGAAUCACGCACACACGAGAAGGGACACACGGAGUAUAAAGUCACGGCACGGUUUGUCUCCAAGCUUCGGCCUGAAGACGUCAAGGAGGUGGUGGUGUGGAGGCGGUACAGUGAACUGAAGAAGCUUCAUGGAGAGCUGGCCUACACACACAGGAAUCUGUUCAGGAGAGAGGAGGAGUUCCCCCCAUUCCCACGCGCGCAGCUGUUUGGCAGGUUUGACGAGGGCGUGAUAGAGGAGAGGAGAUCCGCGGCUGAGAUCAUGUUGCGUUUCACCACCAACAUCCCUGCGCUCUACAACAGCCCUCAACUAAAGGACUUCUUCAGAGGUGGAGAGGUGGUGAGACCACUGGACCCCACUCUGCCCUCCUCCACCCCCCUGCCCCCGCCCCUCAUCCCCCUGCCCCAACGUCGAGGCUCCGACUGUGAUCCGGUGGAGGAGCAGGAGGGGGCCGAGGCUCCUAUCCAACCCCAGGACCUGGGCAUCUCCCUGGGAACUGGUGUAGGCCAGCCUGAGGUUGCAGCUGAGGCCUACAGUGAGAUGGGAGGUACCCCGCUGGCAGUAACGCCCUCUGAGGAGGAGGAGGAGGAGGAGGAAGACCUACCUGACCUGCCUGACCUAUCAGACAACCUUGAGUUAGAUGACAGAGUUCCCUCUCCCUUCCAGCCCAGCCUCCUCACAGCAGACCAGUCACAGUCCCAGAAGUCUCAGGAGGAGUUUGAUUCGCUAUUUGACUCAGUAGCAGGGGGGGGGCCUACAGAGGGAACCCCGCCCCCUACGCUCUCUGACAACGACCUUGCCAUCUUCGACCCCUGCGCUAAAGAAGGCCAACCGAACGCCUCGCAUCACCACUCAGAACUCCUGUCACUGCCGCUGGCCAACCCGGGUGGCUGGGAGGCAGGCUAUCUGACCCAGGCAGCCAAUGAGCUAUCAGUUGCGCUGGAGAGAGAGAAAGAGGGAGAGUACAGCUCAGCCAUACUAAAAUACAAGGGCGCUGUGGAUAUACUGAUCACUGGAGUUAAAGGAGAUCCAGACCCCCAGCGUAGGGAGUCAGUAAAGAAGAGAACAGCCCAGUAUCUGAAACACGCAGAGGCUCUGCUCACACUAAACACACACACUGACCGGAACCUGCACUCUUAAACACACACACGCACACACACAUGCACGCAGCAGGCAAACAAACACACACGCACACCCACAUGCACGCAGCAGGCAAACAAACAAACACACACGCACACCCACAUGCAUGCAGCAGGCGAACAAACACACAAACGCACCGCGCACAUGCACAGAGAAGAGUUUGUAAACACACACAUUCUACAUGCACUCAGGUAGAUACACACUAUAUUUGACUAAAACUCCCACUCCAAGCAGAACACUCACUGGGUCCUAAAGGGAUGCGUAGAGUGUUUCCGCCAGGACAUUUGAAAGGACAAAACAGGUCCAAAACAGUAUUGUACGACAGGUUACGACCUGUACAUUUCUUUUUUUUUUCUUUUUUUUUUUAAUCUAAAACACAUGAAGUAUAAUACCGUACUGAACCGCCACUCAGAGCAGUAUGUUAGAAAUAUAUUAGUGCUUAAUAUCCACAUUAUGUAGAUUGUUAAAUACUGACACACACACACACACAAAACAAUGCUAUUAAAACUGCACUGAAAUACACAACCAAGUACUAGGAAGUUGCAGAAACACCAUCAGUCCAAAUGUCGGUAGGAUUCUGUAAAUGUUUGAUUUGUAUAAUCAAAAAUGUGUUAAAUAUUUUAAUGUGAUUUGCCUUAAGGAAAUGAUGCGCUAUUCCCUAUAUAAUACACUACUACAGGGCCUGUGGACAUAGUGUGCUAGCCUUCAGUAGUCGGCCAAAUUGGGAAUAGGAUUUAAUUUGGGACAGAAGUUGUCUGCAAAAUGUAUCUUGAUUUUUUUUAAGUGUUUUAUUUUAAUGCUAAUAAUCAAAUGUUUUAUAUAAUGUGGGUUGUAAACUCAACAUGUCUUCUUUGUUUUGUAAAUAAAUAAGUCUAUUAGGUACUGUA